AUGAGUACAGAUGAUCAAUACCCUAGUGAUGAUGAUUAUAAAGUGGAAGAGAUGAAGGAAUACUUGGGCAAUACUCAAGAAACAUAUAAAGAUAAUGGUGGUUUUCAAGAAAAAGAUGAAGAAGAUGAUGAAGAGGAGGAAAAAGAUGAAGAGGAAGAGGAGGAGGAUGAAUAUGAUGGAAUAGAUCUACAACUGCAACAACAAGAAGGUGAUGACAAUGAUCAACAAGAAGAGAAUAAACAACAAGCGAAACCACAACAACAACAUCAACAUCAACAACAACACCAACAACAUCAACAACAACAUCAACAUCAACAACAACAUCAACAACAACAACAACAAGAAAUUGGAUUAGUCUCUGGUCCAUUAACAUUUCUAUGUAGAGAACAUGAAACUAUUAUCUAUGGUCCUAAAAAGAUGCAUGUUAUACCAAAUUCAUAUUAUUGUGUAAUUGAAAACCCAGUAAUUAUUGAUAACAAGACAAACAAGGCAGAGUUGGAUAAACACGGUCAAGCAAAGUUAAAGCAUGGACAAAAAGAGAUUCGAUUCGAACAAGAGGAACCAUUCCCAUUGUACCCCGGUGAAAAGAUGAGUGGAGAUAUUCGUGCGUUGCAAGUGGUACUCAACAAUGAAGCGUUUCGUAUUAGAGCAUUGGUUGACUUUACCGACCCGGUCACAUCGGUCAAGCGCAAGUCGGGUGACGAGUAUUUGGUGAUUGGACCUGCUACGUACCGUCCACUCGUCGAAGAAGAAGUGGUUGACAAACGUGCAGCCAUCAUUUUAAAGGCACAUCAAGCACUCAAGCUACGUGCCCGUAUCGACUUUGUCGACCGUGACCUAAAAGAGAGAAAGUCUGGUGAAGAAUGGUUGCUCACUGAAGAGGGUACCUAUAUUCUCAACCCAUACGAAGAGUUGCUUCAAACCAUCAACGCUACAGUACUCGAUGAACACCAAGCAUUGAUUGUACAGGCAAACAAGGCAUUUACAAGUGAUGCAGACGGAGGUGUCGAACGUAAAAAAGGUGAAAAGUGGUUGUUGACUCGUGAUGAUACGCCACUCUACAUUCCACCACCACAAGUUGACGUGGUGAUGAUCGUAGCAUUGACAGUCUUGACCAACAAGGAAUACUGUAUAUUGGAGAAUCCAAUUGACCCAGAAACCAACACUAACCUAUUAGGUGAAUUGAAGCUGAUUCGUGGUCCAACUCAAUUCUUUAUCAAACCAGGUGAAGUGAUUAAAUCAAUUGAAGUGGUACGUGUCCUUUCACCAGAAGAUUCUAUUCAAGUAUGUGCCAAAGAAUCAUUUGACGAAACUGUCAAUACCAACGGUACCAUCAAAACCAUUCAUCGAAAGUGUGGUACCAAAUGGUAUGUCUAUGGUCCAACCGAAUAUAUUCCUCCACUUCAAGUAACCGAAAUUAGACGUCAACGUGCAAUCAUUCGUUUCGAAGAUUUAAAUGUUUAUAUUUUUAAAUCUCAAUUAAUCCCAAUCAUCUUAUUAUUAUUUAUUAUUUUAUUUUUUAAAUUCUUUAUCUUUUAA